AUGUCCGGCUUUGGGAAACGACCGACGCAGGGCAAUGCCGAGCACACGGCGAAACGCAAGAAGGAAGAAGCAAGAGAUGGAAGUGCUUACGAGACCCAUCUGGCCAAGCUUGCCGCUAAUACCUCUCCGUCGAAACGCUCGAUUCUGGACCGCACGAAGUGCCAGCGGCCGAAGCCAGAGACCCCCGAUUUCACGACGACCAACUUUUCGAUGCAGGUCUUGGAGGUUGAGACCUUCUACGAACCAGGCAGUGCAACGAGCUACGAUCGGACUAAUGUUCGGCUUUUCGGCAUGACGAUGGAGGGCAAUUCGGCUUGCGUGACCGUCACCGACUACUUUCCACAUUUCUAUUUCCCGGCCCCGUCGGGCUUUGCUGCCGAGCAUUUAGAUACGGCUCAACGAAACAUGAACACAGCCAUUGCCAACAAUCUUCGGCGGGCUUCUUCAAAUACGAAUCUUAGUGAUGUUGUCAUCAACAACCUCGUGCACCUGUCGAUUGUCCAGGGCGAGGGGUUAUACGGGUUUAAAGGCUCCAACAAAAAGUCGCCAUUCAUAAAAGUCACCGGAACCACAGCCACGUUGAAUAAGGCAAAACAAGAACUCAAAAAUGGCGUGAAUCUUAUGGGUCGAGGCUCUGAUUCGGUUGCCCAACUCUUCGAGGCGAACAUUGAUGCCGAGGUGAAAUUCAUGGCUCAGAGCGGCGUGGUCGGGUGCGGAUGGAUCGAGAUUAUGGCGUACAAAAGCAAGAUGCCGUUGCAGAACAAAACACAUUGUCAAAUCGAGCUGAUCGUAUCGGUUGAUGAUCUGAUCAUCCAUGCGCCGGAGGGGACUUGGGGGAAAGUGGCGCCGAUUCGGACCCUUUCUUUUGAUAUUGAAUGUAUGGGAAGGAGAGGAAUUUUCCCUGAGCCUGAGCAUGACCCUGUCAUCCAGAUCGCUUGUAUGGUGAAGAUUGAGGGAACGCCGGAACCAUUCCUCCGCUGCUGCUUCGUACUCGGGACUUGUGCUCCGGUUAUUGGCUCGGAGAUUAUCCAAUGUGCCACCGAAAAGGAGCUGCUUGAAAAAUGGACCGAUUUUGUCCGUCUCGUCGAUCCGGAUAUCCUGACCGGCUAUAAUAUCCUCAAUUUCGACUUGCCCUACAUUUUGGAUCGAGCAAAGGCGCUCAAACUCCCAAAAGUGGCGCUCCUUGGCCGGCUGAAGGACAAGGCCUCCUCGGUCCGUGAAUCCACCCUCAGCAGCAAGCAAAUGGGCUCCCGUGUUAAUAAGAAUAUCGACAUUCACGGGCGUGUGAUUUUUGAUGUUUUGCAGGUGGUCAUGCGAGACUACAAACUGCGCAGCUACACCCUCAACUCGGUCUCAUACCACUUCCUCGCUGAACAAAAGGAGGAUGUUGAGCACAGCACCAUUCCGGAUCUCCAGAUGGGCGACGAUCAGACGAGACGACGAUUGGCGAUUUACUGUAUGAAAGACGCAGCGCUGCCCCUUCGCCUUCUCGACAAGCUGAUGUCCAUCAUCAACUACAUGGAGAUGGCCAGGGUCACCGGGGUGCCGAUCAACUACCUAUUGACGAGAGGCCAGCAGAUUAAGAUUCUUUCUAUGAUGUUGAGAAAAUGCAAAACGGAGCAUUUCUUCUUGCCCGUGAUCGAGGUGCAGGGCGGUGAUGAUGUUGGUUAUGAAGGAGCCACCGUCAUCGAGCCGAUCCGCGGCUUUUACCGCGAGCCGAUUGCCACCCUCGAUUUUGCCUCCCUGUACCCCUCCAUCAUGAUUGCGCAUAAUUUGUGUUACACGACUUUGCUAAAGGGUCCGGUGGACACAAUGAUCGAGGGAAAAGACUACACUCGCACUCCAUCCGGCAACUUCUUCUGCACAAGGACGCAUCGCAGUGGCCUUUUACCGACAAUUUUGGAAGACCUACUGUCGGCCAGAAAACGGGCAAAGAACGAUUUGAAGCGCGAGACCGACGAGUUCAGAAAGAUGGUGCUGAAUGGGCGACAGCUGGCUUUGAAGGUUUCCGCCAACUCCGUGUAUGGCUUCACGGGCGCCACCGUCGGCAAGCUGCCCUGCUUGGAGAUCUCGCAGUCGGUCACCGCCUUUGGGCGCCAAAUGAUUGAGCUGACGAAAAAGACCGUCGAAGAUCAAUACAAAAAGGGAGCCGUGGAUGGGAAGUGCCCUCAGGAUGCCAAGGUCAUCUACGGUGACACUGACUCGGUGAUGGUCAAAUUCGGAGUGGAAACCGUAGCCCAGGCUAUGGAAAUUGGCCUCCACGCCGCCACGGAAGUCUCCAAGAUUUUUGUCGCCCCGAUUAAGCUGGAAUUUGAAAAAGUCUACUACCCGUAUCUGUUGAUCAACAAGAAGCGCUACGCGGGCCUCUACUUCACCAAGCCCGACAAGCACGACAAGGUGGAUUGCAAGGGUCUCGAGACGGUGCGCCGUGACAACGCUCCUCUCGUCGCGAAGGUGCUGGGGACUUGUCUGGAGAAGCUGUUGAUCGAUCGGAAUGCUGAUGACGCGCUUGCCUAUGCGAAGAAAAUGAUCUCGGACCUCCUCUGCAACAGAAUCGACAUUUCGAUGCUCAUCAUCAGCAAGGAGUUGACGAAGAGCGGAGAUAAAUACCAAUCCCGACUUCCACACGUUGAACUUGCUGCCCGGAUGCGGAAACGUGACCCGGGAUCAGCACCGCGGCUCGGCGACCGUGUCCCUUACGUUAUUAUGGCCGGAACCAAAAAUAUGGCCGCCUAUGAAAAAGCCGAGGAUCCGAACUACGUGCUGGAGAAUAACAUUCCGCUCGAUACCAGGUACUACCUCACCAACCAGCUGGCCAAGCCGUUGGCCCGAAUUUUCGACCCGAUUCUCGAUGGAAAAGCCGAGAAAAUUCUGCUAGAGGGGGAGCACACCUUGACGAAGACGGUCGUCCAGCCAAAGGUCGGCGGCUUGGCGGCGUUCACCACAAAAUCGAAGACGUGCCUCGGCUGCAAGGCCGUUCUCAAGGGCGACCGGAAAGACUGCGCAACCUGUGAACAUUGCAAGGAGAAGCAGGCCGAUAUUUAUGCUACCAGAUGCGCCAGCGUGAACGCGCUCGAGCACAACUUUUCCCGACUCUGGACCGAAUGCCAGAAUUGCGCCAAGACGAUGCACGAGAAGGUGAACUGCUCGGCCCGGGAUUGCCCGAUCUACUACGCGCGCGAGAAGGUGCGCGGCGACCUGAAGGAGGCCUACGAGGUUAUGGAAAGAUUCGGGGACCCCUGCUGG